AUGCCACUUACUUUUGUAUCUUGGAAUUGUAGAGUGUCUAUAAGGGAGCUAGUGGAUGGUUUUCUUGUUAAAAUAUUAUGGUAUAAUUUGAAUUUUAUGUUCAAUUGGAUUCCGUUUGUUGGUGCUUCGGAGAUUAUUGCUUUGGCAAGAGUUAAGGUCUUUGUUGAGUUUCAUUGGCACUACUUUUAUCAUGACUUUAAUGAAACUAUUCAUCCAGAGGAUAGACAGAGUGAGGUUGUGUAUUCUCCUUCUAUGUUGGCUUUAUGUAAUUUUGUGAACAAUUCUAAGUUGAUGGACUUUCCGCUUCAGGGUAGAUUAUUCACUUGGAAAAAUUCCUUCUCCAAAUCGCAUAUUGAUUGUUGUUUGAUCUUUACUGCAGCAGGUACUAUCUGGCCUUACAUGUCUCUCACUGCCUUGCCUGGAAAUCACUCAGAUCAUAUUCCUUUAUGUUUUCGUUCAACAAAUAUUUUUGAUUGGCGGACAAAGCCUUUUUGCUUGGUGGAUGUGUGGUGGGACCAUGCAUAUUUUGCUAAGUUUGUAGCGGAUAGUUGGGUGACAGUUUGUGCAAAGCGCAUUAAUCUCACUCUGAGACUAAAGGAGUUUCGACAUUUUAUUAAAAUUUGGGAUCAGAUAUUUUUUGUGACCAAAAUAAGAGGAUCGUGGAGCUUUCAGCUGAGAAAAGAUGGAGAUCAGAAGCUUAAAUUUGAUCUUUGGCAAGCCGAAAAAGGGCAAAGGGCAGAAUCGAUUUGGGUUCAGAAGUUAAGGCUUAACUGGAGUAAUGCAGGUGACCAGAAUACUAAGUUCUUUCAUUGUGUCGCUUCUAAACACUAUAGCAAUAACCAUAUAUAUAGUAUUCAAGUGGAUGAGUCUGUAUUUGUGGAGCCUGAAAAUUUUCGAUGUUCAGAGGCAGAGGGGCUGAGUGUGCCUUUUAGUGAAGUAGAAAUUUUUAAAGCGCUUUCUUCUUGUGGUAAAAGAAAAGCUCCUGGACCUGAUGGGUUUAACUUCUACUUUUACAGACGAGCUUGGGCAUUUAAGAAAGAUGUUUUUUUUAGUUCUUUUGCUGAGUUUCAUGGCUCGAAUUCUCGCCCCUCUAGCAUUAGCACAUCGUUCAUGGAUCUGGUUCCUAAAGUGGCAAAGUCAACUAAUAUUAAGCACUAUAGACCGAUUAGUCUAGUAAAUGGCAGAGGCAUUCUAGAAUGUUCUAUGAUUGGCAACGAACUAGUUCAUUUGGGCUCUAGGAGGAAGGAUAAGUUGUUAGUCCUUAAGCUUGACUUUUGUAAGGCUUCCGACAAUAUAGAUUGGAACUAUUUGUCGUGUGUUAUGCGGUGUAUGAACUUUCCUGCAAAGUGGAUAGAUUGGAUAGUUAACUGUCUCUUAUCGGCAACUACAGUAGUGCUAUUUAAUGGCAUUCCUGUGGAACCGAUUAACUUAAGAAGAGGUGUUCAUCAAGGGGACCCAAUUUCACCUUAUUUGUUCCUUAAUGCGGUAGAGGGGCUAAAACACAUUCAGACAGAUAAGGUGAAAUGGGAUUCACCAGUGGUUAUUGCUUUGCGGAUGAUCAAAAUCCUAUCUCGUGGCUUCAAUUUGCGGAUGAUACGUUACUUCAUCUUCGUUUUGAUAUUAAGUAGCUGUAGAAACUUACCAGGAUCCUUCACUGUUAUGAAAUUGUCUCUGUAUUGGGGUCCUUUAACCGGGCAAAAGCUUGUUAUUGGUGCUUGGGAUCAUGUGAUUAAGCGGUUUAAAUCACGUUUGGCUUUAUGGAAGGGAUCUCUACUGUCUCCUACAGGAAGGGAAUCAAGAGCAUUGUGGAGUGUUUUAAGGCCUAAAGAGUGA